CUCCCCACCCGCUCCUUCCUACCCACCCGCUCCUUCCUACCCACCUGCUCCUUCCUACCCAUCCGCUCCUUCCUACCCACCUGCUCCUUCCUCCCCACCUGCUCCAGGCUAUGCCAGACCUUCACAGCGCUAUCGGGAUCAAUACAGAAAACCUUUCCUACCUUUGUACAAUGACAGCAAGUACCCUGCUGUCCCUACUAACUACAUACCUGUUGAUCCCAACCCAUCAUUCACCAAUUACGAACCUCGUUACCCAUACAAUAAGGGCUCAAACUAUGAUUACCCCCCUGCACCGGGUAAGUGCUGAAUUAUCGUUAGUCGAUUACAAAAUAAGAUAAGAUGUGCCACAAAAGCUCACUUAUCAAAUAAAUAGUUUUGCCUUUUCUUAACGUUUCCUUUAGAGCAGUGGUUCUCAACCUUCCCAUGUCUUUUUCCUGUUUGGUUUUUCCAAUCAUGUUAAAAUCACUUCCUUUCUACUUCUCCUUACUUUGUACUUGUCUGGUUCUAGCGCCCUCUAUAAUUUUUGUUCUGUUUUAGGUAGGAUAUGUAUAUUGAUAUUAUGUAAAUUUAAUUUAUACUUAUUUAAAUGUGUUUUGUUUGUUUGUACUGAUGAAGGCAUGUGCCGAAACGUUUAAUUGUGUAUAAUGUAUAAUUAUUAACCAGGACAAUCACAAUUUGUUAUGACAAAAGAUACUAAAGUUUUGAUAUGUUUAAAAAAUGGACCUACAAAUUAGCAUUAUGUGGCGCAAAUAUAAAAAACCUAACCAAUUUUCUCAUUCUCACCACUUCUUUGUUAACUCUAAAUACUCUCCACCAGUUCCACCCGUUGAAUGUGACCUGAAGCCUUCCAGCACUCGUGGAAAGUUUUUCAGCGACAACGUGGAGAUGGAUUGUCCAGCAAAGCUCAUCUUCGACCCCGUGAAAUGCUAUUGUGACUAUGAUCCGUAAGUAACUCACUAUUAAGUAACUUUGCCAUUGUAUGCUUGUACUUAGUUUGUGUCGUGUUGCGUUUGUUUUAAAUGUGGUAAACUAUAGAUUUGUUUUUUGUUGACUUUGUACCGCGCUUCGAGCCUUUGGGGAUGAAGCGUGUUUUUGAAAUGAACUUUAUUAUUAUUAUUAUUAUUAUUAUUAUUAUUAUUAUUAUUAUUACGGACGCCUGUUAAAGUGGAAAUGCUGCAUACUUUUUUUCCUCCUUUAAAACAUACCUGCAGCCUCGUUUUGACCCUCAAGCACGUCCAAUACACGGGUUGACUUCUCUCGCGCAUCCUUGCAGUAUUCUCAUCUAGAAAUGCGCUUAUUUAAUAAAUGACAAAACGCUGGAUUACUUGCUAGGAUUGAAUUUUAUUUAUAAAACAUAGUCUGGAUGAAGUAUCACUGCUUGGUUGUUGAUAGUAAAACUGGUCCAGCCAGAGCCGUCUCGCGACAUUUGGGGGCCCAUUGCUAUUUCUCUGGUUGAUGUCUCAUAAAUUAAAAAUUAUAAGGUUAUCCCCCCCCCCCACACAACUUUGGGCCUCUGACAUCUACGAGAUUCAGUGAAACUGAAGGGGGUUGCAUGACCCAAGUGACCGCUCUGAUCCAGGUGACCAUCGAGGUGUAGCUAAAGCAAAGAAUCAGUUUUGUAAGACAGCAUAUCGUCCUUUACUGGACUUCGGCCUUUGAGUCAAGAAACGUGAUCGACAAUAUCCAGACAAUUUUAGUGGCGUCACAGUUGACAUUGUGCAACGGCCUGAGGAAAAGACGGAUAUAAACAAUAACCAUAGCAGUCCCAGUUUUAAGUAACCACUUGCAAUAACCAUAGCAGUGAAAGUUUUAAGUAACCACUUGCAAUAACCAUAGCAGUGAACGUUUUAAGUAACCACUUGCAAUAACCAUAGCAGUGAACGUUUUAAGUAACCACUUGCAAUAACCAUAACCGUGAACGUUUUAAGUAACCACUUGCAAUAACCAUAGCAGUGAAAGUUUUAAGUAACCACUUGCAAUAACCAUAGCAGUCCCAGUUUUAAGUAACCACUUGCAAUAACCAUAGCAGUCCCAGUUUUAAGUAACCACUUGCAAUAACCAUAGCAAUGAAAGUUUUAAGUAACCACUUGCAAUAACCAUAGCAGUCCCAGUUUUAAGUAACCACUUGCAAUAACCAUAGCAGUCCCAGUUGUAAGUAACCACUUGGAAAUACUUGACAACGAUAAGAAAUAUUAACCAUUCUUAAGCAUGAGAAGUCUUAAGAAAAAAACAAAAAACAAAUUAAAACUUAAAAUUACAACAACUUUUGUUUAUACAUUUUUUCCCCCCAAGUUGAAAUUUUGAUAACUUGGUUCCGUCUUUAGCAUAGGUCCCACGUCAUGCGAUUUACUUUUUACGUUUUACCUUUAGAAAUGUGACGUAAUCCAUCAUUUAAAAAAAAAAAGAACAAUUUCAGUAUAACGAAACAACAGGUGUCCGAUCUCUCUUGUCUUCUGUGAAGAUCUCGCUCGACACUUUUACUGUUGGUUAUGUUAUAACAGUAAUAAAAAAAAACCAACCUUAGUUAUGUGAUAUAAAUACUUGUUUCAUUUGUUCCCAGCCACGUGAAUUCUUACUAGACUAGCCGUUAAAGAAACAUCAAGAGAAGACGCCGAGAGAACGUG